UUUUCGCUUAUGUUGUGACCGGAAAUGUUGGAUCGUGCACAAUAAGUCAAAGGAGAUUUCUCAUUUUUACACGAAUGCAUGUUUUUAUUUCUGAUUCGAAAAUUUUGUAAUGUCGAAUCAACAUUUAGUUGGACCCGCUUUGCCACCAAUGAUGGGAAAAAGCAAAAGUGUUCAUUCAGAUGAAGAAGACGCAAUCAUAGGUCCAGCUUUACCUCCGCUGUACAAAGCUGCAGAGUCCUCCGAUUCAUGUGAGGACAGUGAUCAAGAGGAAGUUGUGUUCAAGAGGGCCAAAUACUCAUCUAGGAACAAGUCUUCGUUAAACAGAAGGGGCCUUGUGAAGGAAGAAACAUGUACAAAGCAAGCUAAAAAGGACAAUGAUGAUGAUGGUUUCUUCGGUCCAGCUCUUCCCCCAGGAUAUAAAAAUCUAGACAGGUCACCUGAAGGGCCAUCUGUUUUAGGACCUGCACUUCCUCCAGGCUUUAAAAUAGAUGCUGAAGAUGAAGAGGGGGGAAAUGAUGAUUCAAGAGGAGUUUUAGGACCAGCCCUACCCCCAGGUUACAAGCCAGAUUUGUCAAGCAGUGAUGAAGGGGAGGAUGAUGUCAUCGGACCCAUGCCAGCCAAAGGGGCAACGCAGGACUCUGUGGCUUUGGAUUUUGAAAGAAGAGCUCAAAGGAUGAAAGACAAACUUACAGGCGUUGAUACUGGCCCAGAAGUGCUUGCCAGAGAGAGCUGGAUGACAGAGUUGCCUCCUGAGAUGCAGCAUGUGGGCCUGAGUGCACGCACCUUUAAGAAGAGAUCCGGCCCAGAGAAUAAAGACCGUUCAAUCUGGACAGACACUCCUGCUGAUCGUGAACAAAAAGCUAGGGAGCGACUGGAAGCCAAAGAGAAGGGAGAAUCAACCAAAGAUGAGACGCCCCGUCUCUCUCAGAAAGAGCUUGAGAUGGCUGAAAAAGUUUCAAAAUAUAAUGAGUCCAAGCGUGGUGAAUCUCUCAUCAAUAUGCACACUAAAAAGAUGAAGAGGGAAGCUGAGGAGGAUGCUAAAAAGCCUGUGGAGAGAAGAUCCUUCGACCGAGACAUGGAUCUCCAGGUUAAUCGCUUUGAUGAGGCUCAGAAAAAAGCCUUGCUCAAGAAGUCACAAGAACUGAAUACACGCUUCUCUCACAGCAAAGAUCGCAUGUUCCUGUGACAUGAAUGUGAAGGGUUUUUUCUAAAAGACUUUGUAUUUCUAUGGAAUCCUUGAAAUAUCAUCAAAACAUUUUAUCCAUGUUGACAGUUUAAAUGUGCAAGACUGAUGCUUCCUCGAGUGUGGACAAGCUUUUUAUUCAUCGAUAUCUAAUUGUGAUUAAAUUCUGUAAUUUUGUAUUUUCUUGUUGUGUACAUUUUCCAUGAAUACUUUAGUAUUGGCAAAUCUGUCAUGUCUGGGUCAUAUCACCUCCCAAUAAAAAAAUAGAAAUAUGAA